UAUAUUUUUUUGGAGACGACUUAAAAAUAACAACGGCAGCAAUAGCAACAACAACGUCAACAUCCACAAUAACAACGGCAACCAACAACAACUGCUGAGACGACAAUGGCAAUGACGUUGGAGCAUGCCACACAUACUAAGGCCAGCUAGCAGUCAGCCAAAUAACCAACCAAAAACAAAACAACGACCAGACUGCCUGCUUGCCAGCCAGCCAUCCAGCCACAACAACCGCAGUCGUACCAGUUGUGGCUGCAGCAGCAGUAGCAGCGGCAGCAGCAACGGUGGCGGUGUGUUAAAAAAACAUAUGAAAUUAGUACAAUUCGUGAUUUCAACGGUGAACGACGAAACGGUAUGUAUGUUCGCGAUCGAAUGUGUUUAACAAUCAAGUUGCGGCUGCUGCAAAACCAAUAACAACAUCUCUCCAACAACCGAAACAAAAAAAAAUAAUUCAAAACCCGUAAUACAGCACCACCAAACGAAACCACUAAGAUCACCAAACCAGUUAAGAUCAACCAAAAAUACAUUUUUGGCAAAAAACAACAAAUCAGACUCCAACAACAACACACUUCAUUACACGGCCAGCAAACACACACGCACGCACACGUAGUUGUAGUAGCAUCGUGUUGUUGUCAUUGAUAUUAGUUGUAGUCGAAACAAACGAAACGUAGAAGAAGCAGAAGGCGAAGGAGGAACAAGGAAAACAACAAGACAAGAAAAAUAAAUAAAAGAAAAACACUUGUUUUAAAAUAACCUGUUGCUCUUAUGAUCACAUACCACAAACAGACAAACCACUAACAGCAAUACCGUGGACUACAUUCAGUUAUUCGUACCCCUUCCUCAGUCCCACACCCUCCACCCUUCCAACACCUCAACACACACACAUCCAUCUCAACUGGACACCCCAGGACGGCUUCAAACUGUCGUCGCCACAUGAUCAACAUCUACGUCGCAAGAGGGGGAAGAGUAUUAUGAACACUGCAACAAUGUAUAACAAAGGCAACAAUUCGACCACCAACAACAACAACAACAGCAGCACCUCAAACCUAAAUGUAGCCAUCAAGAGCAGCAACGCCACAACCUCCAACACCACCGUCCCCACUAGCAAUACUAGUGGUGGAGGAGGAGGAUCCACGACAGAUCGUAUUGAAUGGUCACGUGCCACAAUACUCGAUUUCAUCGAAGACUAUCGGCGACAACGUGUUCUCUGGGAUCCCAACACCAAGGGCUAUCACAUCAAGCAAACCAAAUAUGAAGCCCUCAAGUUGUUGGGCCACAAGUAUGGUGCCGAAAUACGUUCAAUACGUUCGAAGAUCAAGAGUUUACGUUCCUCAUUCCAUCGUGAACAUGGCAAAGUACUCAAUGGCAGACGCAAGGGGCUCAAUUAUCAGCCAAUGUGGUUUGCAUACGAUGCCAUACGUUUUAUAUUGGAUGGUGAGUCGGGGGAUUCCGACGAAGCGGAGGGGCAGAAAAACGAUUCAAAUAAUAGAGAGACAGCAUUGUCAGAGCCAAACAAUAAUAACAGCAACAAUAACAACAACAACAACGCCAGCAACAACAGUAUCGAUGAGGAACUAAUGGAGGAGCGUAAAAUUUCUAGUCGUGACAUUGAACACUUCAACAAUCAUUUCUUGGCUUUAGGCUUACAAGCUCGCCAUCCUAUGGCCGUGAUAGCUGCAGUUGAAGCUGCCGCCGCUGCCUCAGCUGCUCAAGAGAGACGACAAGAGCAAAAAUAUGCUCUCAAGCAGCAAGAAAUAGACGCUGCUACUCAGCUCAAGCUGCUUGAAUUAUCAACAAAUGCAACAAUAACAACAGCAGCGGCCAAUACAAACACCAGCAACAACAACAACACUAUGAACCUCACCUCCACUUCUGCAACGUUUAACCCAAUUUCGAAACCUUUUCACAGUCCAAAAUCAUCAUCGCCAUUAGCCACAGCAACAAAUAGUAGUGUCCCAAUAACAACAGCAACAUUAUCAAACACAACAACUACACCACCACAACAACAGUUGCCACCUCCGUCCGCAACAAGUACGUGCUCUCCGGAAAGUUUGACUGUUUUACAUGGAUCACGUAGUUUAGAUGAAAAUUCUGCCUCUGCUUUAGCUGCUGCGACUGCAAUUCCUAGUCUUUCGAUAACGGCUGUGGCACGUAACUCUGAUUUCGAUGGCAGUGAAUACUGUAACAUUAGUGCAGAUGAUGUUAAAACAGAAAUUUUUGAAAGUGAUUCCACUGAGUUAGCAAUGCUUGAGAGCACACGCACUUCCACCCCAGUACCACUGAAUUAUCAUAAAAAUGCCACUGACUUGACAAUGAACAGAAGCAACACCGCCAACAUGAGCCACGGCAGCGGCAUCGUCAAUAAUCCAGCCAGUGUUGCUAUCAAUGGUGGCACUGGCACAGUCGGUAGUCGCAAACGUAAGGCACAAAUGCAUUCAAACGUAAAUCACAAUGAGGAUGCACCAUCACCUUCUAAAUUACAUCAAAAACAACAGCAACAUUCCAAUGCCAUCAUACACUCCAGACAAUGUGAUUAUUUAAAUAGCAACAACAGCAACAAUAUAAACAACAAUCAAAGUCCUGACGAUAAUGCUGAUGAUGAUGAUGAUGACGACGGCGACGAUGAUGAAGAUGAUGGAGCUGGUUACUCCACCUCUUUUUCCCACCUUCAAACUACACUCAUCAAUAAUAACAGCACCAACAACCCAACCACUAGCAACAAUAACAAGACAAACAGCAACAACAACUGCACCAACAAUCCCAUCGAUGAGUAUGGAGUGUUUGGCGAAUAUGUGGCCAUAACAAUACGAAAACUUAAAACGUCCAAAGCAAAAAUUGUAGUCAAACAUUUAAUCAACAAUCUUCUCUACGAAGCCGAAAUGGGAAAAUAUGAUCAGGGCAUAUCCUCAUGCAAAGAACCACCAGAACUCUAUAAAAUGUGAUACUGUAUAAAAUGAAAAAUAAAUAAAUUUAAUCAAAUGGAAAGAAAAGUUAAAUAAACAAAAAAAAUAUAGAAUAAUAAUUUAAAAUACAAUCAAAACAAAACAAAACAAAGACAAACAACCAACCCAAUAACUAAAUACAUAAUAAAAAUAACAAGUGAAAAUGAAAAUACAUAAUAAAAAGUUAUUUAAAUAAAAUAAAAUAAAAUAAAAUAAAAACAAGUGAAAUCAUAAUGAAAAAAUACCUUGCUUAAACAAAUGUUACCUUGAACACUAGUCAAUUUGUGUUUCAAAUUUAAUCAGGGAUAAAUAAAAUAUGAAAACAAAUUUCAGUAAAGAAAUUUAAAACUAAGGAUAUUUUUACAUCAAUACACAAACACAGGACUUAUUUAUGUAUGUAUAUCCCAGCAAAAGAUGGUGUUAAUUAAAUCAAGCUUUACUGUUUCCUGUAAAGCUUUUCGAUAUAAGAAUUUUGAAAAAAAAACUUUAGUUUUAAUGGGUUUUUAUAAACUAAAUAUUUUGAGAAACCAUUUUUGCCACAAUUUUUUGUUGGGAAGUUCAUUUAACUGAAAAUACAUGGACAUGAAACUUGCUUCUCUAAUUUGAAAUGUAGUAGUGCGGGACACUGUGGAACUUUCAAAGUUUCAUAAAAUUUAAUGAAAUCAUUAAAAUUUAAAAUAUAUUUUACUAAAUAAAAACUAUCUAUGUACUUUAAAAAAGUAUUUCAAAUAACUAAUUGCUCAAAUACAUUUAUUUAUGUAUAUAAAAUACAUCUGUCCAUGUAUUUCCAGUAUCCGUUUGUGUAAAUUUUUAACUAUGAAAUAUAUAUUUUUGUUAUAUAACUUUUUGUUUAAAUAAAUCUUUAAAAUAUUACUUACUAAUACAUAUAUAUAAAUAUGCAAUUAUAUUUAACAUAAAUAUCUACGAUAUAAAAUCAUUUAUAUAUUUAUUUACAACUCAGGUGCCUUUUUGUAGUCAAUUAAGUUUUUAUUUAAUUUUUUUUUUUGUUUUUUUUUUAAUUUUAUUUUUUUUUGUUAAUAAAAAUCUCUGCAAUAUGAUAAUAGGGAUCAUUUGAAUGGAAUAUAAGUACCUUAUGUUAUAUAAUUUAAUUAUUAAAUAUAAUAAACAAAUAUAAACAAUUAUAUUUUACGUUUUUUUUUUCUUUUUUCAAAAUUUCUAAUUACUAUUUUAAGUUAUUGUUACUUAAUUGUUAAUUUUUAAAAAUAAAUAAAAAAAACUAUAUGAAUUACAAAACAA